UGAUAAGUUUACGCUGCUUGUUGUAAUAUAAUUUAGUCUUUAACGAACGUUUGCUGUUAUAAGUAAACAGUAUUGAUUAAUCAUGUAUAAACGGGGCGUGUUAUUUAGAAAAAUAAAUUAUAAACAAAUCAGACGCCUUCACCAACUGCAGCUGGAUAAAGGGAGUUAUUUGUAUCACCCAGGUAAUGAACCUCUCAAUUCUGCUAAUUUCGGCGAGGUCUUGGAAAGAACGGUUAACAAAUAUCCCAAUAGAAUUGCCAUCAAAUCUAUUCAUGAAAACCAGAGUAUCACUUAUGCAGAAUUAUUGGAACAGGCGGAUUCCCUGGCGUAUGGACUUCGAAAUAAUGGUUUCGAAAAAGGUGACCGAUUUGGUAUUUGGUCUCACAACUGUGCAGGAUGGAUAAUAGCAUGUAUAGCAGCGUUUCGGGCUGGCCUCAUAUCUGUGUUAAUUAACCCCCUUUACGAAGCUCCAGAAUUAAGUUACAGUAUAAAUAAAACGGGUUUAAGGGGUCUUUUAGUGGGGGAUGAAUUACCAAGUAAAAACUAUUACAAAAUGUUGCAACACAUGAUACCAGAAUUAGCGUCAGCAACGCCGGGAAACCUGAAGUCGAGUCAAUUUCCCAGUUUGACAACACUCCUUACGACUGGAAAGAUGAAUUUGAAAGGUGCUUUUACAUUGGAUUCAUUAAUAAACGAAUACAAGAAUAACGAUGUUUCUCAGUACGUGAAAGAAGUUAAAUCGGAGGAUGGCUGUUUAAUUCAUUUCACAUCAGGCACUACUGGAAAUCCCAAAUGUGGAUUAGACUCAAACUUAGGAAUAGUUAACAAUACGUACUCCUCGGGAAUAAGAAAUGGUUUCAACGAAGCACAUGAAACUAUUUGCGUUCAAGCUCCACUGUUCCAUGCCCUAGGAUCUGUGAUAACAUUACUGGGAGGAUUCACACAUGGCGCUUCCCUUGUACUGGCUGCGCCAUCAUACAGCGUUACCGCUACCGUAAACGCAUUACUUGCUGAAAAAUGUACAGCAAUAACGGGAACUCCAACAAUGUACGUGGACAUACUCUCCAAAAUAAAGAGUCGAGGUGAUUUGCCUAUUAAGCUACGGAUGGCACUUGCAGCCGGUGCACCUUGCAGUCCUGAACUCAUACAUCAAAUGGAGAAAUACCUAAAUGUUCGAUCAGUCAAGGCUUUGUAUGGUAUGACAGAAACUACGGCGAGUGUUUUCCAAUCACUCCCUGGUGAUAAUGUCGAUGUUGUUGCUGAAACAGUCGGCUACAUUAUGGAUCACGUAGAAGUUCAGGUGGUAGAUGGCAAUGGAAUCAGAGUUCCAUUCGGUGAGGCGGGUGAGCUGAUGGUCCGUGGUUAUUUGAACAUGAUUUCAUAUUGGAAUGAUCCAGAAAAAACAAAGGAAACUAUUACCGAUGACGGGUGGUUGCAUACUGGGGACAAAUUCGUAAUUUCCCCGAAUGGAUACGGGCGUAUAGUUGGUCGCAUAAAAGAAAUAAUUGUGAGAGGGGGAGAAAACAUCGCACCAAAAGAAAUAGAAGAUUUGCUAAACACCCACCCUGAUGUUAUUGAGAGUCAGAUCAUUGGAGUAUCAGACGACAGAUUAGGUGAAGAGCUAUGUGCAGUUAUGCGAUUAAGAGAUGGCGCUGUGUUCGGUGUUAAAGAAAUGUCUUCGUUUUGCGCAGGAAAAAUUUCUAAAUUUAAAAUACCAAGGCUUCUGAAAGUAACAAAUGAGUUUCCUAAAACAGCCUCCGGAAAAAUACAGAAGUUUAUGCUAAAAGAAAUGGUAGAAAGUGGAAAAUUGUGAAAUAACUUUGUGUUUAAAAUCUUAAUUGUUUAUUUCUCAAAGCUAGAUGAGCGAUGCUAUAGUAUAUUUUAUAUUACAAAACAUCUUGUCCAUUAGCUACACACCUAUUCUAAGAGUAUUAUGAAAAUUACACUAUCGGCUAAACUAGAUAAUGUUGCUCUACGGACAAUAAGGUUUGGUAAAAUAUAAUUUUUAACCGACAUUUUCAAAUUUGACAUAUGAAGUGGCAAUAAAAGCAUCCCGAUUAUUUGGUGUUCGUUUACUAAUGUGAUUUUUAAAUUUGCGUCUCAUUCAAGUUACCAAAAUUGUAACAUCUGUUUCAUGUGACAAAAAUACGGCGGAAAAAUAUAUCCUUAAUGCGAUCUAUCGCUGUAUGUUGUAAUACUAUGGUUAGACAAUCUAUAAUAAUAAUAUGGGAGUAGAAAUAUCUCAGCUUCAUUGGUAUUUAAAAAAAACGUUAUUAAAAGAUUAGACUUUUAAUUAUAAAAUAUACUAAUAAGACUUAAGUUUAACUAGACCUAUGUGCUGUGGGUGAUGUGUAGUAGUAUGUCAUGUCGUCUUGUUCCUCUAUAAAAGGAGUACGACGUCUGCGGAGUAGACCCUCCUACGUCGAUCGCCGAGGUCAAAACUCUAAUCUAGAGAUUACUGCCUCGAAAAUCACCAGGUCUCAACGCCAUCUCGAACAAGGUCCUACGAUGCCUCCCGCCCCAUUUGAUAUGCUUACUGGCCUAUUAGGCCUAUAUGGCAUAUUCAAUUACCUUCUCGUAAACGGCACUCUCCCGGCGCAGAGGGAAGAGGCCAUUGUAAUUGGUAUUCAUAAACCAGGCAAGCUCUGUAACCACCCCACCAGUUAGCACUUUCUUAACACGCUGAGCAAGCUGUAUCUCGUACAUGGUACAGGUAGUCAAAAAGCAUCUCCUAGAUUUCGCCCUAGAAAAGGGGUUCAUUCCCGAUGAGCAGUUUGGCUUCAGGCCGGCCCACUCGUGCGUCCAUCAAGUUCAUAGAAUUACGGAGCACAUCCUUUCCGGGAUGAACAGCUCCCUGAAACCGAGAGCCACGAGUGCUCUCUUCUUCUAUAUAGCUAAGGCUUUUGACAAGGUCAGGCACAACGGCUUGGUUUACAAACUCAACCACUUUCAAGUAUCGUACACGAUUUCUUGCCCGGUCACUCCAUGCGCUAUCGUAUAGAAGGAACAUUAUCACCCAUCAGGGCCGGAGUCUCUUCUGUUCACGCUGUUCACCCGCGACAUCCCUAGGGCUUCCAAUGUGGAGCUAGCCCUCUAUGACGAUGACAACGCUCUCUAUACCACGCACAAAGAUAGAUGUGCCAUCGUGGACAGACUCCAGACCGCAACUACCUCGAUAGGCGAAUGGUUAGAUGGUGGCUAGAAUGAUGAUGGCUAAAGCGUCGAAGUUCUCUUUGCCAGGGGCAACGCUGAGGUCCGAGUCUCACAGAAAACGCCCUUGCGCUAUCGUAGAAAACGCCCAUUCCGGCUGAGCUACCCUCGCCAAAACAGCUCAAGCUGAGUCGUAUGUGUGUGUUAAAUAUAAUAUUAUUAUCAUAAUUUGAGGUUGGUUGAGGUUGAGGAAAAAGUUUCUUUGCAUAUUUUUUUUUAAAUUCACAAUAUUUUUUUAUAUAGUUUAUUUACAUUUUAACCCUAAAGUAUGUAGGUACUAUUUUGUUCGAUAACUUUUUGCCAACUUGUAGAUUGGGACAUGAUCCCAUUGCUAUAGAUAUUUUGGGCCUUCUGAUCAAAAUACCGCGACAAUUGGUUUUGGCAGCCCUCUCGUGAUGUUAACCUGACACUGCCUAAAGAAUUCUGAAGAGACAGAAACAGGUGGAAAUAUGAAGGUACAAGGUCAGGACUAGACGGCGGAUGCAUUAACACCUCUGAGCCAAGGUCUCUUAAUUUAGUCUGAGUGGCUAAAGAUGUGUUAGGUCUAGCGUUAUCAUGAUCAUCUUGAAAAACCACACCCCUUCUGUUGAUUAAUUCCGGCCGCUUUCUCUUAAGUUCUUGCUUUAAUCUUAUCAGUUGUUCGCAGUAGAGUUCAGAAUCGAUGGUCCAGCCUGGUGGUAACAGCUUAUGAUGAAUAAUGCCCUUCCAAUCCCACCAUACACAAUGCUAGUUAACAUGGGUUUCGCCACAGUCUGUGAAGCUGAUCGGCCUUUCACCACGACCUUUUUCACACGUUCUUGUCGUACGUGAUCCACUUUUCAUCACCAGAUAUCAGCUUCUUCAAAAAUGUUUCCGUUUUAUUACGUCAUAAUAAAGAAUCACAAAAGAGUACACGGUUCAUUGGGUUUAAAUUAGGCCUGUUAAAAACUCACUUUUGAAACUAACUCCAUACUUACCUCCAUACUCUUUUACAAUAUUUGAAGUAUGAAGUAGUAUGAAGUAUAUAUUUAUUUGCAUUCCAUAAUGUUACAAUAGAUGUUUAAGAGGCUUAAAGCUAGGUACAAUAUUAUGGACCCUGUUAGGGCACAGCAAAAGAAGGCAUUACAAAAUUUAUAUUACAUAAUUAAUAGUAACAAAAUAGUACAUUUCAGGUUAGUAUUAAUUAUAUAGAAUAACAUUUUUUAAUUUAUUUAAUUUAGAAUAUUUAGGGAUUAAUAAUUAUGA